AUGAAAAUGUUUGUGAAUAUUUCAAAAGGCAGUGAAGAAUUUACUAGCAGGACGGAUAAACAUCUUAACAUGAUGCAAAAUCAUCAAAGAAAUAGUCUAAAGAAGAUAAAGAGAUACCGAAGUGCAUUUACAACUGAGCAAGUGAAUUAUUUAGAGGAGCAAUACAGAAAGUAUUCCUACAUAAACAACUCUCAACGCAAAGAAGUAGCGUUUGCACUGAACAUACCCGAGAGAGCUGUCAAAAUAUGGUUCCAAAAUAGAAGAAUGAAAGAAAAGAGAGAAAGUAUAAAUAAGGAAUUCGGUGAAGAAACUGACUCAACGUCAAGCGAAUUUGCUAAAGAUCAAUUAAAUAAUGUGAUGAAAUCAUCAGCUAACGAUCAACAACCACAGUCAUUACCAUUAUUGACAACAAUUGAUAACGUGAGUGAGAACAAAACUGUUAUAACCAAUCAUUCUACAUUUAAUUUAAAUACAUCACAAAGUAAAAAGCCAGAAAUUAAAGUUACCAAAAACUUGACUGGAGUAGAAAUAAGACUCCUUAAACCUCUCCAGUCUCCUGCAACAUCUACCACACUACAUAAACCAAUUUCAGCUAAUGAUUGCACGAAAUCUGAAAAGGUUUCAUUAAAAUUGGAUAGAAGAUUAAAAUUGGGAGCUUCUCACCACUCCAAUAUUACUCCACCAACUUCUGAUAUUAAACCUAAGGAUAAGAAGCAGGAAACUGAAGAUGAAAUGACCACAAACCUCAACAUUAUAGAUCAGAUGAUACCAGAAGAUUUAUCAAACCGUAAGGAUGUGGCGCCUACAGCAAAUCCUACACCGAGUAUAGCGGUCAGCACUCCUGGAUAUAUUCAAAUGUUACCAGCAAUAUCACCUUUUUAUUCAGAACCUUAUUUCCCUGCGAGCGGUGUACUUUGGAAACCUGUAAGCGUUGUGCCCAAUAUAGCUUCAAACGGAGCAUCAGUGUCUGUACAUAUACCUAAGAAUAUAUCAAAUUUACCUAAGAAGUGUUGUAAGUGCGAGUGUCAUGAACCUCUCCUUUCUUACAAUAUUCAACAGUCGUCUGCAAAUCCUCAAUACAUAUUUACAGCAGUACCUUUAACAAAUCCUAGUGCUGCUAAGUUAUGA